UCUCGUCUAAAUAUAUUUGAAAGCCAAACAAAGGCUCUACCAGAAAUCCGUUUCACCACACUCAUAAAAAUCACAGUUCUUCAACGCUUUUUCAACAUUAUACUUUUAUUUUGAAAGUUGCUCACCGGAAAAUAUAGCUGCGUCCACACACCGGCCGGGUUUAGCUAAGUUAGCCGAAACAAGUCUCCCUGUCCUUAAAAAUGUCUCACCCAACACCGCCAAACAAGCCUUCAAACCCCGAAAACCCUCGCGUCUUCUUCGAUGUAGACAUUGGCGGAGAAGGAGCUGGCCGAAUUGUUUUUGAAGUUUUUGCUGAUAUCACCCCUAAAACUGCUGAAAACUUCCGGGCACUUUGCACUGGAGAGAAAGGCACUGGCAAAUCGACUGGGAAACCGCUGCACUUCAAAGGAUGCCCCUUCCAUAGAAUCAUCAAGAAAUUCAUGAUUCAAGGAGGUGACUUCUCCAACCAAAAUGGGACCGGGGGUGAGAGCAUCUACGGGGAGAAGUUUGAGGAUGAAAACUUCCACUACAAGCAUGACAGAGUGGGUCUGCUAAGCAUGGCCAACGCUGGUCCAAACACCAAUGGCUCACAGUUCUUCAUCACUACUGUCCCCACUCCACACUUAGAUGGAAAGCAUGUUGUCUUCGGACAAGUGUUGAAAGGGAUGGGAGUCGUAAAAUUGCUGGAGUCCAUCGACACUAACGAGGACGUCCCAGUAAAGCCAUGUGUCAUAUCAGACUGUGGUGAGCAUAAGGAUGGGGACAGCUGGGGUGCUGCAGCAACCGAUGGAUCAGGGGACACCCACCCAGACUUCCCAGAGGACUCCGACAUUGACCUUAAAGAUGUCGACAAAGUUCUGUCUGUUGCCGAGGAUGUAAAGAAUAUUGGAAACAGUCUUUUUAAGAAUCAAGACUGGAAGGCUGCAGUCAACAAAUAUGGCAAAGCCCUCAGGUACUUGGAGGUGAGUGGAGAGCUGCUGGAGGAGGAGGCGCAGCUGAAGCUGGAGCCCAUAGCCCUCAGCUGCUUCCUCAACACAGCAGCAUGUAAUCUGAAGAUGCAGCUGUGGCAGGAAGCUCUGGACAGCUGCAAUGAGGCUCUGGAGCUGGACCAAGCGAACACGAAGGCACUUUUCCGGAGGGCCCAGGCCUGGCAGGGCUUAAAAGAGAACAGCAAAGCCAUGAUCGAUCUGAAGAAAGCUCAGGGAAUAGCUCCAGAAGACAAAGCUAUCGGCAACGAGAUGAAGAGGGUGCAGCUGAAAAUCCAAGAGGAGAAGGAGAAGGAAAAGAAAAUCUAUGCCAAAAUGUUUGCAUGAACAUUUCACCUCGUGAAGCAGUGAAUUCUUGUUAACGUUUGUCAAUAUUUGAAGUCAUCUCUAUGUGGGAAGCUGCACUCAGAUAAGGAGGCUGUAACCAGGUGAAAAUGGGCAGGUCCUUUCAUGUUUCAAGCGGGCAUAUUUCUCACCGUCUGUGUUGUUUUAAGGGAAUAACUGUUAUAAGCUUUGACCUGUCUUAAUUCUGACAAGUGUCUUCACUGUAAUGAAUAAGUCUGAGCGUUUGUCUGAUGCAUGGCUGACUCCACUGCUCUGAAAAACUGGGUUAACACUUAACACUGGUUCUUGUUCUGGGGUUUUCAAGUAGUUCAGAAAAACAAAGUUGUGUAUGUCAUAUUGUUUCAUGGUAGGGAUUUUGAUACAGUGCCCUUGGACAUUUAAAGUACAUCAAUCUGUUUUUAUUUAUGUUUGGUUUUUUUUACAGAGGUCAAUAAAUGAAAAGGUUAACAGUCAAGAGUUCUUUAUUCAUUACUGUGAUAUCAUCUAAUGAUUUUAUGUACAAUACUGUGCGGAUCAAAAGUUGUCCAAAUAUACCUGGAAUAAAUGCUGAAAUAAAAAUGAGA